CGAAUACUAUAAUUUAAUCUAUAUGUAUUUAUAAAUUUGCUAUUGGAUUGUUUCAUAUGUGAUGAUGAAUGUGCCGAGCGACUCAUCCAGAACAUGUUACGGGGUCCGGAGUUUCAAUAUCCCGCAAACUGCAAAUAUUGUCAUCGGUUUACUCUCCGCUCUUGUAAUCAUCUUCAAUUCUCUUGCAAUGAUCAGCGUGUUGAAGAAUUAUAGGCGACUUCGGCAACGUAUCUAUGUGUUUGUCAUCAGUUUGGCCGCGACAGACAUUCUAGCUGGCAUCAUCUUCCUGUCUGACGCCAUGAACAGUUUGUUCAUACAAAAGCAUCAACAAACCAAUGAUCAGAAUGACGAUGGAACGUGGUAUCAUCAAUCAAUAGAUAACAACCAAAAUUACAUCAGACUUCGCCCAACCAACGACAGCAUAUUGUCUCAAGAACUUCUUGAAACAUUCAAGGCGGGAGUGGUGAUUCUUUCAGUUCUCAAUACUGCCCUCGUGACCUUUGCUCUUUACAAAAGAACAACAAGUAUGGGAAGGCAUCACGAAGACUUCAAACACAUGAGUGCAACUUUUUCACCAGAUGGACACUCAUUUCUUCCAGCUUUCGAUACAAUGAUGAGAGUUCUUUCAAUCGGAUCUCCAGCAGCUACAAAUGGCUUUAAUAAGAAUAUGGGACGGCAUCCUAGUCAGAUGAGAAACGGAGAUUCUCCUCUCCGGAGAGUCUCUACGGCAUCACGAUUCUCAAAUUCUUCGCCACAACGAUCCUCAUUUUCCAAAGAUCCUGAUGCAGUGUUUUUCGAAAAAAUCCCAGACGAGCCUGGAUCUUGUACUCGGAAGCCACAAAUUGUAAGAGGAGCAUCAGAUAAUGCCGGUAAAGGAAAGCAACGAAGUGUCCAGUCCAAAAAACGGAGUUCGAGCAUGGGACGUCUCAUGAAUACAGGAAGACGGAUGUCUCAAGUCUUACGGUCAAGAAGCACUUCCGGAACCCAAUCCUACGUCGGUCGCCACAGCUACUCUGUGAUGAGCAAGUGUGCCACCGGGUUUUCUUUGUUUCUCGUGUGGACAGCAUUUUUAUUGACUUGUGUACUGCCCUUGGCAUUCAGGAGAUCAGAGAACCUAGUUUUCACCUGUCCGAUGACGUGUUUGCCAGUACAGAUUACGCAGAUGAUACCAAUUGUACAGAAUCAGCUGAUAACAGAAAGCAACAUCCAUGCAACAACUGUGACGCCCGCAUUGACGAGUUCAUCGAAAUAUCUUAAUGAUACUAGUAACAUAACCAGAGUGGAAAAUAUUUUCAAGCGUCUCAAAAAGCCAAAAAGUCUAGCAGAUCAAGGGCUGGUUAACUCUUCAAGUAAUAAAAGUGUCGUGAGUGGCAAUGAUGAUAUGUCUAUUGGAGACUGUUCGCCUCCUGGUUUCAGUGAAAUACCGAGCAGCUUUGAAGAUCAAUUUGAAUCUAGAGGCAUUGCGUCCGCAGGAAUUGUUUCUAAAUCGAAAACAAACGAAGAAAUAUCCAAUCCAACCCAACCGUCAACGACAUACACUUUCAUCUCUCGAUGUUCGUUGUGCUCCACUGCGUUUUUUCCUUUGAGCAAAAGUCACAUGGUGUACGUUGCUUCUGUUACUUUUAUCACUUGGUGUUGGCUUAUUGUUAGUGCUUCUCGUCUGUUGCACCUUCGAAAGCAUUCUUCCAAUGUCUUUGUGAGAUGUAGUGCACUGUGGCGCUUCAUGUUCAUGACAGCUUUGUUCUUUUUCGUUACUAUGGCGCCUUAUGUGGCGUGGAUUAUCUUGGACUAUGUAACGGCAUCUUCAGCUGAUAUGUCACCUCUAUGGAAUAGUGGCCAACAAUCGUUACAAAUUAAGGAUAGUGAUUACAAUGACGAAGAUAUACGUUCAAACGUAAUACAAAAGACAGUUUUCGGGAGCACUACGGAGUUUUGGUAUGCUAAGGACGACAUUGCUUACUUAUACCCAUUGUAUGGAGUAGGGUCAACUUGCUUGGUGUUGGUGAAUUUUGCGUUUGCUCCAACUAUGUAUUUAGUACGAUUACUUGGUUUUCGACGAAUAAUGUCCGCGCUGUGAACGAAUUAAAUUGAUACUAGUUUGACAUUCUUCCUAGAAGUCAACUCAAUUAAAUUAUUCAAAAGACAUCGGCGAUAUUUGGCCUGAGCCACGAGAAAAAGAAAUUGGUACACUGUGACGAAUAGACCAAAUUUAUGAAUAAGUUCGAAAGGGUCUCUUCUAAAUGCACAAUGCUAUUUAUCGAACUAUGUAUAUAAAACUAAGCGUGAAUACAUAAGACCCUAUAACAAUGAACAAAGGUGUGUAAAAGAUAACCAAAGAUGAAAUUGAUAUGACUACGAAGUGAUGGAAUAAAUUAUAUUCUGAAUUACCUUGAAUAUAUUUAGAAUAAAUAUGGAAUUUAUUCCAGGAUAAGUUAGUUGAAAAAAUAGUAUUUGGAGCUGUAAAUUGAGUUUUGUGAGACGUCUGUAAAAUGCAUUCAACUUCUAGAGUCAAGACAAUUGUUACGACUCUUAUAUUUUUCGGCAGCAUCAACAUGUUCCUUCGCACGUUUACAUCUAACCGAGUUUAUAGUGUUCAAUCUUUUUUGUUUUAUGUAUUAUUGUUUUUGUUUUUAUCACCAAAUAAAAUUAUUCAAUAAG